CCGUGGGAGCGGCCCAAGAAAUGGCAAAAAGACAAAAAAGGGGGGGGUUACCAUAGCAACAGCCACACCACAUUGUGUUUACCACACGUGGAGAGGGAGGCGUACACAAACAUCCCAAUCUGUCAUUCGGGUUUACACAGGGAUGGGCUUCCCCCACCAGGCGUAUUUGGGUCUUCCUUUGCAAAACAGAGCUCUGAGAAGAGGAAUCUCGACUUCUAAUUUCCACCAAAGUCCCUGGCUUCUCUGGGUCUCAAAUAAGGAGAAUAAUAAUUAUUCUGUGCCCACUUCAGAGGGUUCUGUGGCGAGAGAGUUACAAAAUAUUCUGCAAGGGAUUCUCAGGGCACAGCAUCAGCCUGGCGUCACCCAGUGGAACACAGCAACGGCCUCUGCUGCAGGUGCAGGGCUAGAGGCUGGCAAGGACAAGGUAGUUAUCUUCCGCGGAGACGGGAGAAAAGAGGUCAGCCUGGGAAAAACCAAAAGGAGGUGACCGAUGUUCGCGUUUGUUCCCUAGACCUUAACAACCAGUCCUUUUGGAGUGUUUUCCUUCCUCAAUACCCAAUCUCCACGGGCUGGAGAAGCCUGGGAGCCCAGAGCCCGUACCUCCCGGCUGCCUUGAUAAGGAAAAAGCAAACAGGUGGGCAUUUUUUUAUGUCAAUCAUGUCAUGAUGCUUUCAGUGUCGUGCUCACUUAUGCACCCUAAACUUCUCAAAGAUCUUCCCCUUCCUGGGUCAAUCCUGUUUUAACACACUUGCCCCUCAAUAUAUAGCAUCUGAACAGAGGUGACAGAUGCGAAGAAAGGGAAACUGGGACAGACUGAAAGUGACUUUUAUUUCCUUCACUCAAGACAGUGCUGACUUCAGAAUAGCCAGAUUCAUUGGCCUUAAGGAUUUUGAGAUGGUCGAUAGUGGAGGCUGGGGUUUGGCCACUAGGUAUUUGUGUAGCAAGCGUGCAGUUUUCAGUCCAAGGUUGUGCUUAUUUGAGGUGGCUGGAGCCGGGGGUGGGGCAUGAUGAUCAAGGGCAGGGCAGGGGGUUGGCUAAAGACCCCUGAGCCCAAUCUACCCCCUUGACAUUUCAGGGAACUUAGAUUUUGUGGCUAAAGCAAUACACGUUUCCAGGAGUCCAUUCGCACAGGUGUUAUAAAUCUACGGGAAGCUUUCCAACUGAUGAUGCGCUGUCAUUUGCAAAGCCGUUCCCUGAUUUAUCUAAUCUACAAACAGCCACCCUGAAUGAAAAUCAAGGAAACUGCUACAGUUACAUCUUGAGAAAUCCCUGCUCAUUCAGCCUUGGCAUUUGGGAGAUCCUCUACCCAAGAAGGCUUUUACCAAAGAGAAAUAAAAAUACCUUGCAAAAAUGCAGCAGCUCCACCGAAGUUUCAAGAAAGGUUAAUUAUCAUCAUUUGGUGUUUUUGAGCGUCUCUCCCUCCUCUGGGCAGGGGGACGGGGAGGGGAAGAGGGGGAAGGAGAUUGGGGGAAGGGGAGUGUGGUUUUCUGAUCUCAACUCACAUAGCAUGGUUUGAAUUAUAUAAUGGAACUGCUGUGAGUCAGGUGACAGGCUCCCUGUGUAAUUCCCUGCAGAAAGAGACAAACUGCAUGUUAAAAAGCUCAACAAAUACUCUUUAAAAAAAAAAGAAAAAAGAAAAGAAAAAAAAAAAAAGCAAAGCCUAGGCUGUGAGGUUCAGACUUCCAAGCUGCAGCUUCCUCUGAAUUCUCCCCAGGCUGAAACAGCUGGGCAGGCUGGCUGAGUCCCAGGACACCCGGAGGCUGCGGAGAGCCCCACCGGGGUCGGGGGUCUGGUCCGGAUCACCGGGUUACUUUCUGUUUCAUUUCGAAAUGUGCCCUGUUCCUGAGACGGGUUGCUUCCCAUGUCCAGGAAAACGCAGGACUCCUUGGAGACUCCAGCCAGGCUUUUAAGAACCGGGGCUUUGUGAAGCUGAGGAAGUGGAGAGGCUGGCGGCGAUGCGUUCUGACUCCCUUGUCCCAGGGACCCACACCCCACCCAUCCGGAGAAGGAGUAAGUUUGCCAACCUGGGAAGGAUUUUCAAGCCCUGGAAGUGGAGGAAGAAGAAAAGCGAAAAGUUCAAACACACAUCAGCAGCCCUGGAACGGAAAAUCUCAAUGAGGCAAAGCAGAGAGGAGCUGAUAAAACGAGGGGUCUUGAAGGAGAUUUAUGAUAAAGAUGGGGAGCUCUCCAUAUCCACUGAAGAUGACUCCCUGGAAAACGGGCAGUCCCUGAGCUCCAGCCAAUUGUCUCUGCCCGCGCUGUCCGAAAUGGAGCCGGUCCCGAUGCCCCGGGAUCCCUGCUCAUACGAGGUGCUCCAACCUUCUGACAUCAUGGAUGGGACAGUGUCUGAAGAGAGUCCCUCUGCCAGUGAGUCUGGAGUCCUCCUGUCCCAAGAUCCUUCAGCCAAACCAGUCCUGCUACUGCCCCCCAAAAAACCUGCUGCUUUCCCUGGAGACCAUGAGGAGACCCCAGUGAAGCAGCUGGCACUCCUCAAGCAGCCCCCCGCCCUGCCUCCCAAACCCACUGCCAGGAUUGCCAACCACUUAACAGAUCCUGGCGCCCCUGUGAAAUUGCCUUGUCUGCCAGUGAAGCUGUCACCUCCACUACCUCCAAAGAAAGUCAUGAUCUGUAUGCCCGUGGGGGGGCCAGACCUCUCCCUGGCAUCCUACGCGGCCCAGAAGGGUGGCCAGCAGGGCAGCGCCCAGCACCACCACACCGUCCUGCCAUCCCAGAUCCAGCACCAGCUGCAGUAUGGCAGCCUCGGCCAGCACCACCCCUCCACCACCGGCUCCCUCCCGCUGCACCCCUCGGGCUGCAGGAUGAUAGAUGAGCUGAACAAAACGCUGGCCAUGACCAUGCAGAGGCUGGAAAGCUCUGAGCAGCGGGUCCCCUGUUCUACUUCCUACCACAGCUCUGGUUUGCACUCGGGUGACAGUGUCACAAAAGCCGGACCUCUGGGCCUUCCGGAAAUAAGACAAGUGCCAACUGUUGUGAUUGAAUGUGAUGACAAUAAAGAAAAUGUGCCUCAUGAAUCAGACUACGAAGACUCUUCUUGCCUGUACACGAGAGAGGAGGAGGAGGAGGAGGAAGAGGAUGAGGAUGACGACAGCUCAUUGUACACCAGCUCCCUGGCCAUGAAGGUGUGCAGGAAGGACUCCUUAGCCAUCAAACUCAGCAACCGGCCCUCCAAGCGGGAGCUGGAAGAAAAGAACAUCCUGCCGAGGCAGACGGAUGAGGAGCGGCUGGAGCUGAGGCAGCAGAUCGGCACCAAGCUCACCAGGCGACUGAGCCAGAGGCCAACGGCAGAGGAGUUGGAGCAGAGGAACAUUUUGAAACCUCGGAAUGAACAAGAGGAACAAGAGGAGAAAAGAGAGAUCAAGAGGAGGUUAACUCGGAAGCUCAGCCAGCGGCCCACAGUGGAGGAGCUCCGGGAACGGAAGAUCCUCAUCCGCUUCAGCGACUACGUGGAGGUGGCCGACGCUCAGGACUACGACCGCAGGGCCGACAAGCCGUGGACCCGCCUCACCGCUGCCGACAAAGCUGCCAUUCGAAAGGAGCUCAAUGAAUUUAAAAGCACUGAAAUGGAAGUUCACGAAUUGAGUAGACAUUUAACAAGAUUUCACCGACCUUAACCGUUGACCUCCUCUUGAGUGCUAUGCCGUCUUCAAAACAUAAAUUUAUAAGAACCAUAAGUGCUGGUAUUUAUUCACUUCCCCAUUACGAUGUAAAUCUUCUGAACUGCCUUUUUUUAAAAGAAGAAGAAGAAGAAGAGGAAACACAAUCAGGAUUCCGCUUGCAAAUACUCGAUGGUUCCGGCGCCGUGGCCAGACCUGCUGGCACCACCGCUGAUGAUGGACUGAGCCCCAGCCAGGGCCGGGCCGAGGGCACCGAAGACUUUCCGGCACUGGGAGCAGCCCCGGGCCGCUGCGGCCAAGCCGGCAGGCACCGAAUUCGUUCAGGCUCCGGCCGGCGAGCCUCUGCCUCGAGAGUGUCUGGCACCUGAGUCCAAAGAAAGCUGAGACAGUGGCUCUGGCCUGGGAUGACGGUACAAAGCGUGCGAUCUGUUUGGCCUUCGAGACACGGCCAAACACCCUGGCCCGGCGUGGCCCCCAGUGGGGCAGCUGCUCUUCUCUCCCUUCAGCCCCCGUGCGUGCAGUGAACAAAGGGAGAGCCCUUGGCUGGGGGAGUGUGGCGGGGGCUGUCUGUCCGGAGUGUGUGUGCUGCAGUCAUGGAAGGCUGCUUUAGGAGAGAGGUGUCACGCAAAAAGCCAGAUGUCAUGGGGGAGCUUAGGGACACCCACAGCCAGUGCUGUCAGGGUGGUAGCACACGUGGGAGCGCACAGUCCCUCUUGAGGACAUAAAGCCUGGGGUGACAAACUGCUUGGCUGCUGUCCUUGGUUUUCUCUGCGUGACCCCAGGGCUGGUGAGGGGGUGGCGUGGACGUGAACGGCCUCUGAAGGAAAGACCCAGGCGUGCAGGCCCAAAAUCAUUCCUGAAAGACUGGCCCUCCCAGCCGCUGGGGGACUGGUCCGCUUGGGCCACCCAAGGGCCCUCCAGGCUUUCUUUGCGCUGAGGAGCAUCUGGGGAGAAGCCCCAGGGUGGGGCUUGUUGUGCUGUAUCCCCUCUGCCCCCCACUUCUCAGGGGAGUCCUUCCUCUCGUCCCUGAUGCUGCCGGGGGAGGGGGGGGGCCUUGAUGCCUCUCUGGCCAUCCGCCUCGCUUGGGACCCCAGGAAAGCAGUGUGGACAGGACUUGUCGAGGGUAGAAUGUGCGUGGGGAGUGGGGGAUGACUCCGCCCCCAGCUGCCCCCUUCCCUUUCCUGAGCGUCGAAGCCACCAGGCCAUCUGCAGUGAGCUUGACCUCCCCACCAGCGUGUUGGGGGAGGACUCGCUCCCCACCACGCAGGCCCAGGAUUUAGCCAGAUACCAGCUUGGCCUUCACCAAAAGAAGUUAACUGGCCCCCAUGUCAAACCGGGUGGGAUGGAGUUACUCUGGGGACGCAUACCCCUCGACAAGGCCGGGUCCUUUCCCGCAGGCCCUCGCAGCUCCUGGGCCAGCAUCAGCCCAUUGGCCUCGGGCCAUAAUCCAAGCCAUGCCCACCCGCCGGGGCACGGCUGUCUUGUGCUCACCUGCCUGGUCCUGGGAGGAUGCCAUCACCCAUCCUUUUCCCUCUGAAAGUCCCAUCUGAAUGGUUACCGCCGUGGGUAGAGGGGGUUCAGGGAAACAGGCCCGGGAAUUCAGUGUGGUGGUGACACUGUCGUCCCGAAAGGCAGACUCGUACUUGAAUCUGUGGGUGUGGUGGCGAAGGAGGUGGGGCUCCUGUGUCACUCCUUGGCAGCGGCGGGUACACGUUCCAGGCCCCCCCAGUGCCUGCCUGGCCAGGAUCUGGGUCAGAGCGGGUGGCAGCUUUCCCCCCCAGCGGCUCACCAUGGCCUGGCCCAGGAGCGAGUCCACGGCCUGGACUCCUGCCCUAGAGGCCGGGGGCUUCUCUGCUGGCUUUGGUUCCACGGCCUUCCAGAUUCCCUGGGACCAUGACGCCUACAUCAAGCCCCUGCAGCCCAGGUUACCUGCCCAAAGCACCCGAGGCUGGCAGGCCCCUUUGUGCUUGGAAGACACCCAGCAGGGCUUCUCCUCCUCUUCCGGCAGAGCAGUCUUUUCGGGAAGUAACUCAGGCAGGUGAAGGGUGCUCUGUCCACGUCCCCACCCUCGAGCCGGGCUCUUCGCAGCCCCCUGUAAGCCCCCCGGCAACUUGCGCAGGGCACAGGAUGGGCCCUCUGCUCUCUCCUUCCUUCCUUGAAAUCUUGGGGUCUGCAUAGCAAUGCAUCCAGAUUUCCUUUACCACAGAGGGCAACUGAAACACGUGUUUCUUUCCAAGAUGACAGUUUGACGUCAGAGGGGGGCAAAAAAGAGGGGCUGGAUGCGUUACAGCGCAUCCCUUUUCUGCAGAAGCUACAUCUGAGCAAAACGGUUUAGCCUGGGCAUCUCAGUUCCAGUAGAGCCUUUCGGCAUCAGAAAGAAAAAUGUGCCAUUUUUCAAAUCAAAACGUUUUCCUCUCGAAAUGAGCCACUGCCCCAAACGCUCCUCUCCACCCAGGAGACCGCCAGUGGCCGGCUUGCUCUUUCGAAUCCGCUGACAGGCUCUGCCCCAAAGACCCUCAGAGCUCUGUACACCUUUCGCCUUUGUGUCAGAUGAGAGAAACCAACCAACGUGACCGUGGAUGUGGUGACAACCCCCGAGCUUCGCUUUUCCCCCGCUUCCGAGUGUGUAUUUAUCUUUGCCGAAUGAAAAGCGUGGUGUGGGCUUGGUGAAUGGAACGGUCCGGCUCUCCCCGCGCCGCCCGUGGGCCAAGGCCAGCUUCAAGGACUUUCUCUUGCCCACCUGUCGGCCGGUCCCCACACCGGUUGCUUUUGCCAGUCGCUUCCCGGGUGUCUGUAACAUAGUCUGUCGUUGUAGCAGGGCGCUGGCCCGUGUUCUCCUGUAACCGACGCUGGCUGUAUGAGGAAAAGCGAUGUAAAUAGGAUACGAAUUCAACUGGAUCUCUACGGCCUGGGUUUUGUACAUACAGAAACUGCAUGGUAUUUAAAUUAUUGUUUGUCUCUGAUGAUGUAUGCAGUUUCUUUAAAAACAAACCAAAAAAAAAAAAAAAAAAAAAAAACCUCAAAAAAAAAAAA